AUGACAUCAAUUGGGAGUUUAAAUCCCGGAAUUGGUUAUACUUCAUCAACAACUAACAGUGCAGCAGUCUUUACAACACAAACAGCUACAACUGUUGAUUCUACAAAAGUGACAUCGACUGGGAGUUUAAGUACCGGAAAAGGUAAUGCCUCAUCUAAGACUAACAGUGCAGGUGUCUUUAUAACAGAAACAGCUACAAUCGUUCCUUCUACAAAAGUGACAUCGACUGGGAGUUUAAGUACCGGAAAAGGUAAUGCCUCAUCUAAUACUAACAGUGCAGGUGUCUUUAUAACAGAAACAGCUACAAUCGUUCCUUCUACAAAAGAUUCAGUGACAUCAACUGGGAGUAUAAGUCAUGUAGAAAGUAUUGCCUCAUCAGCAACUAAGAGUGCAGCUGUCUUUACAACACAAACAGCUACAAUUGUUUCUUCUACAAAAGGAGAGGAAAAGAAGUUUACAGAGAGAAUUUAUUUGCGCCUUAAUUACAAAGUCACAGUGGAUUUGACAAAUACUACAACCGCAAAAUACAAACAGCUGUUCCGCGAUACUUUCACUGGGUUGUUCAAUUAUUAUUCUAAUUCAGCUAUCAAGAAGGUUUUCAAAAAUAUUACGUUGUACUCAAUUGCAAAAGGCAGUCUUAUUGCUAAUCAUGACGUUAUAACUAGCACAGAAUCCAAAGAAGAUAUCAAGAAAGUAUUGGAAGCGACAAAACAAAAACCUACUUUAAAGAUCGGAAAUAAAGUUGUUAGAGUUUUGUCUUUCAGUGUGAUUGAUGCAACAGAAAGCGAUUCAUCAACACUGUCAACACUUUGGAUAUCUGUUAUAAGUGCUAGUUCAGCAGUUUUUGGAUUAAUAAUUAUAGUAACCACUAUACUCCUUAUACGGAAACAUAUGACCAAACAAAAGCCAAAGGAAAACCUUGAAGUUCGAGAGGAAUCACAAAUGCUGAUGGAAAUGAGACCUGUCCGAAUACAUAGGCUGAUAGACAUGACGCCUGUCCGAAUACCUAGGCCAAAGAUUAGUUACGAAUGGAACACCUAUGACAAUAAAGCAGCUGUCUAUACAUAAUGUUGAAACGUGUGCAAAAAUAUAUUAUUUUUAA